AUGACAACCAGCUCCCCACCCCCCAAAACCACCUCCUUCCUGCUAUCCUACCCAACCCCCCAAAUCCUCCUCAUCACCAUCAAUCGUCCGCAAGCCAUGAAUUCCAUUCCCAGCUUUGCGCACUGGGAAGCUGACGCCAUCCUCACCUGGUUCGACAGCGCUCCCAAUUUACGCGUUGCUAUCAUUACCGGAGCCGGCGAGAAAGCAUUUUGCGCUGGGCAAGAUCUCAUCGAGCAAGCAAAAUUCAAGAUUCAGCCCCCACCCAUGUCAACUGGGAGACAUCCCUCCAGCGGAUUCUGUGGUAUUAGUCGGAGGGUGGGCAAAAAGCCGGUGAUUGCGGCGGUGAAUGGUUUCGCGCUUGGUGGGGGUGACUUAGUCGUUGCGUCUCCUCUGGCAAAAUUUGGAUUGCCUGAAGCAGCUGUAGGUCUUUACGCUGCUGCUGGUGGUCUUCCGCGUUUAGUGCGCAAUUGUGGACUUCAAAUAGCAACCGAGAUCGCAUUGACUAAUAGAAAACUAACUGCUCAAGAAGCACUCUCAUACAAUCUAAUCAAUAGAGUUGCACAAUCACCCGAGACGGUAUUGAAGGAAAGUGUGGAGCUGGCAGAGAAGAUUGCAUCUCUGAGCCCAGAUGCGGUGAUUGUGUCGAGAGCGGGAUUGAGGGAAGCUUGGGAGACUGCCAGUGUAGAGAGAGCUACACAAAUCGUUGCGCAGAGAUAUGAUCAGCAACUGUUUGAAGGGGAAAAUAUGAUGAUUGGAUUAGAAGCGUUUGCGGGCAAGAAGAAACCCCUCUGGGUGCCAAGUAAAAUUUGA